AUGGAUAUAUUUCACCUUCAAUGCAGCGAGAGCCUCGGCUUUGAUUCGAUGCUGUCUGCGAACCACCUUGGCUCCCCGGUACAUGACGCUCCGGGUUCGCCCAACGCCCUCACGUACGCACCGUCGUCGCCCUACUUUGCGGCUUUCUCUCAGCCGCAGAGCUGUGUGGCGGCACCUCCCGGCACGUCCAGUGGACCGAAUGACGUGAUUCUGCCUAGCAUAUUUGUAAAAAUCCCCACCCAAAUCAACCAACAGUACCAGCAGCAGGAAACGGUCCGGCACCGGUCCCGCAAUGCCAGCGAAAUCAAGUGUGAAGAUCGAUCGGAAGUGAUCAAAAGCGAAAUAGCCGAUCUGCGCUCGAUCGUACCACAAGCUGUGUUGGCAGCUAGUGCACCGACGAACCAGCUGCCGGAUGUGAUCGGAAGCUAUUUGAACGAUGCCGUCGACCCGAUCGGUGAACCGUUAAUUUUGCGGUGCGAUUACUGCCCGUUCGCUACGCUGACCGAUGCGCGGCUACUGGAGCAUAAGCAGGAGCAUCACGACACGACGGUUGCCCGGAUGCUUCGCGCUAGCUUCGACUGUCCCGUUUGCGAGAAUAAGUUUUACAAGUGCCCGGUACUGGAGUUACACUUGCUAGAGGACCACGAAAUGGCUAGAAACGAAGUGGCGCUGCUGAUGAGUCGUGGCCGUCAAACGGUUUACGAAGGUCCGUCCGGUCCCUCCGUUCAACCGGUGCAAACUCCUUCGGCCCCAACGGCAACAACAAUGGUAUCUGAAACGCCACCAAACAUGAGUCGCAUCUACAUCAAAGACGUUCAACUGCUCAAGAAUCCGGGCGGCCAUCAGUCGGUGAGUAGCGAUCGUUUGCCACCACCGUUGCCGCAACUGCAAUCAACUGCAGAUCUUUCGCAGCAACCGGGAACCGCUGCUGGAGAUUGUCAGCUGUUUGCACCGCCCUCCUGCGAGUCGCACAACCAACCCGGGCUGGACACGCUAUAUCCACAGCCAGAGCCAGGAGCAACGGGGAAUGGGGGAAGUAAAAUUUUCAUCCGCAACGUUUCCCUCCUGCAGAGUGCAAACUUUGCACCGUCUUCGGAAAAUAUGCUUCGGACGAGCGGUACCACGAAGUAUCGAAGCUUCAUGAACGCCGCUGCUGCUGGUCACGAUAGUUCCAAUACUAAUGCGUCACCUCCGAUCGAGACCCCAAACGGAGCACCUGCACCUGUGGUACCGAGAGCCAAUAGAAUAUACAUUAAAAACGUCGAUAUACUGCGAAAUCCGAUCCAUUCCGUCGAUGGUGGUGGUUCUCCGUCAAUGAGACCGGAUGCAGCAGCAGUCACAGCCGGGUCGGAGACAGUGUACACCGACGUGUUGGAAUGUAGUCGUGCGAGCAGCUGCGAAAGUGUCGUCUGCACCUCAACUCCACCACCGGCAGUUUCGGUAGCGGCAGCAGCAUGCAGUAUGGCACCCGCCACAAUAAUUCCGAUGUCACAGAUUAUGCCUCCGGUGACACAGCAUUACGCACCUUCGUGCAGCCUAAUUUCGGCCCCAUCGGCAAGCCUUGGUCCUGAGCUGGCCGUUACAUUCAGCACGGCAGUCCAAAGUCAGCACCCGGAAGGUACGAUCUUUUCCACGGCAAACGGGUUCCAAAGUGACCAAGGAUCUUCCGUUGGCCAAUCGGCGGGUCCGCAGAAGAGUAAAAUUUUCAUCAAAAACAUUAGCGUCCUGAAGCAACCGACCAUUCACCUGAAAUCGGUCGACGAGGUCAAUCUGAUGACGUACGAUGAGCUGCAGCUGCAAAAUUUAGUUCCAUCAAUCAUCGGCGAUGAUGGGCGGAGGCCGGAGCAACCGGAUGGGAGUGAAUCCGCACAAUUUGCGGAUAUUCUGAACAGCAAUGAGCUGCCGGACGGAACCCUAGACGGCUACGGUGGGCUACGGUAUGAAGUGCUGAGCGAAGGCUGUACCUUCACCGAGCAUCCCUUUCCGGGUGAGGCCAAGCAGGACAAUUCGGCCGAGGCAAGCAACACUGCUGGCGGUGAAGGCAACGAAACACCGAUCGAUGAGUACGCCACGGAUGGUGCCGAUUUCCAGUCGGAUGUGUUUCCUAACGAUCUCAUACAUUUGCAACCGGCCAGUUCGACGGAUGCAUUUGAUACGGGCACAAACGGAAAACCAACCACCGACGGGUGGCCGCCCGUAGAUUCCAUCAGUUCGUCGUCACUUUCACAAGAUGUGCUCGUCGUGGUGGAUCCCGUUCCGACCACUGAUAAAAUGCUGAAAGGAAGGCAGGAGGAAGAGGAAAGAGAAAAUGCCAUCGGAAGUGUCCUGGUGGAAACGGUUGACACAGUUGCACCACCUAAUGGGAACCAUGCGGACGAAACGACGACAUCCGAGAACCAAACCACCUCCACCGAUUCCACUUCCAAAAGUAAUCCGCCGGAACGGGCGGGCGAAAGAUCUAGGGCACGACUCUGCGGUCGACCUCGGGGACGCCCGAAGGGAGCGAAGCAAACGGGCAUUACGAAACUGCGGAAACUGUACACCAACCUAACGCCCCACGAGGAAGGUUACAGCUGCGACCAGACCGAUUGUGGUGCCCGUUUCCGGCAACCGGAGUGCCUCGAGUAUCACCGCAAGUGUCACGCAGGGGACGCACCGAACGGUAACGUUUGCCCCGAGUGUGGUUCCCACGAGUUCCGCAACUGGCACACACUGCACACGCAUCUGUGGCGCCAGCACGGGAUCGACAUGGAACUGCACGCGUGCCAGUUGUGCAGCUUCAAGACACCCGUCCUGGCGCGGCUCCUCAACACACACAUGCUAAUCCACUCGGAGGAGCGCAACUUCAAGUGUGGUGUCUGUGGGAAAGCAUUCAAAAACAACAAACAACUUCGUAACCAUCGCCGUUCCCACCGCGACCCUUCGUCGGUGGCACCCGGAGAUGACGAGGGCACGGACGCAGAGGGCGCAGAGAAGCCACCGCCGAAGAGCAAACGGAGCAAAAAAUCCGGCUCCACUGGCGCUAGCGAGACGCAGCAGCAGCAGCAGGCUGUGUCGCAGGUGAAAUGUGCUAACUGCGCUCAACUAUUUACCGGUCCCCGCCAACUGCGAUCGCACGUCGAGGUGAAACACCCGGCGACGGUGGCACCGAAUGCGACGGGCAAAUAUCGGUGUGCGCUGUGCGGGAUGCUGUUUGAGACACGGUACCAACUCAACAAACAUACGGCCAAACACUCGGACGAGAAGCGGUUCAAGUGCGAACACUGCGAGUACACCACCAACGAGCACAACGCAUUCCGGCGCCACAAGAUGCGCCACAACACGAAAGGGGCGCACCUCUAUCAGUGCAGCCACUGCGAGUAUACGUGCAUCCAGAGCACGACCUACCGGAGGCAUCUCGAGCGCAGCCACGUGGAGUUAGCGUCGAGCCUGCUCUACAAAUGUGCGCUGUGUGCGUUCGUGUCCAUCAGCGAGUCCAAAUACCAGGCGCACCAGGCGAAGCACGGCCGCGAUCCCGGAGCACGGCAACAGACGGUUCCGGACGGUCACGAAGAUGAAGUCGAACAUUCGGAGGAAGCGGAUGAGGAAGACGAAGACGAGGACGAGCACGAACCGCUCACCGGUUCCCAGUGGUCAGACACUGACGGGUUGGGCGGGUUGGUGGACCAGCACCAGCGUACCUGUGAAAGUGUCAAUUCCGAUGUAAUGAUCGUAGACCCGAGAGAACCCUUGCCUGCUACGAACGACGAUAUCAUGGAACGGACCGUUGCAGGCGGAAAUGAGAUCGAUACCCCAAUUCACAUCGUUCAGCAACCCAUCAUCCGGCCAGCCAUGUUUGCGAACAAUCUCUCUAAGGUGGACAAUUUCUAUAGCUACCAGCAGCAACAACAGCAAUUGCUGCAGCCAAAAAUUCUUAAACUCACUGACCGAUUACCACCGCACCGGGUGUCGCCACGGCACCGAUCGUUGCAAGCGGCCAUUCCGUCACAAAACCACGGGAGUUGUGUUGCUUCGGAGCUAACGCUACUGUCGGCCGUUAAUGUAGUGGGCAAUGGUUGCUACAGCAACCUGUUGCCCGUGCCAUCGUCGAUCGUCGGUGUCGGUGACCAGAAACAGUGCAAUGGGGUUGGGUUAACGUCGGACAUGGAUUCUUUUUUUGGAUCCGGUGAGGACGUUACCAUGUCGGAGGUGCUUGCGGAGCCACCGUGA